UGCGCACUGGAGGCUGUCUGUACAGCGGGAUCGUUUAAAGGAAGAAGCGAGUGUAUCUCCAAGGAAACGGUGUCUGGCUGUACGAGAAUUAUAAGUAACGUCAGAAGCGGCUUAUGUGCUGAAGAGGGAGCAUGGCCGCGACCAUACGACACUCUGCUGCCGAGAUGGCACAACCAGUGAUCUCGUCACUUACUAUUCUUCCUACCGCUCCUGAGACCUUCUCUGUACUAGAGCAGCGAAUGCGUGUAGCAGAGGAACAAGCGGAGUCCCUGAUCAGUGAUCUGCAGGCACUAGGUGUAACCAGCCAUAGAUUCACAAAACUAAAAGUGUCAAAGUCUGCUGAACACAUUCGACCAAUCAGCCCAGUGAAGGCUUGGUCAGUGUUCACUGGAGAUGGUGAUACAUUAUGGAGAAACUGUGAAAACCUUGUCACCCGCAUGUGUCAUAUGGAAAGCAUGCUACACACUUUGAAGCUUAAUGUUUUCCGACUGCAGACAGAUCGGGAAUUGAGCACAAAACACUCAGAUGAACUUGAGGGUCGAUUGCUUCAGAUGCAAGAAGAGCACGCUCAAGAACUGAAAGAAGCACAACUGGAAGUAAUGAGGCUGCGCCAAAGGUUAAACUGUGCAAUUGAGGAGCUGGAAAGAGAACUGGAAGCCAAAGAGAGGCUGAGCGCAGCUCUGGAGAUUGCCACAACCACCAAGACUGAUGUGGCUAUCGCAGCUGAGGAUCUAAAAGCUGCAAACACGUCUAUGAGGCAAAGGAUAGCAAAGUUACAAGACAAGUUAUCACAAGAAGCUGCUUUGCGGGCAUUGCUUGAGGAGGAGCAGGCAGUGUUGUUUCUUACAGUACAGGACAUGAAGAACGUUGUAGAAGAGGAGAGGACACAGGUUCAGGAGCUGCAGCAGUACUGUCAGAAAAUGAACAAAGAAUGCAGAGAAAUGAAAGACAAAUUAGAGAAUGCGGAAUCAAGGUGUCUGGAAGCUGAAAAGGGCAACAAGCAGUUGCGGAGUGAAUUGGAGACAAAAGACUCGCACGUAAGCCAUGGGCAGGAGAAGAUUAAGAUUAUUAAGCAGAAGUGUGAAGAAGAACAGGCUGAACUUGCACAGUUGAGAGUGGACUCUGUGGCUCUGCGGGAAGCAGCAGAAAAAGUUCAGUGUUUAAAUCAGCAGUUGGAGAAUCAAUGCUUGGAACUAACUGAGACUGUGCAGAAACUUACCAACCAAAACCUACAUCUUGUGACAGAACACCAACAGGAACUCAAGGUAGCACAAGACACUAUGGCAAAAAAACUGCAAGAACAGGAUGCUUUGCUGAAGGUUCUUCAGACAAACCUGGGUGGGGAAGUGCAAAAAAUCCUAAGCGAGAGAACACAGCUGGAAACAAAACUACAAUCACUCCGUACUGAGCAUAAUAAGUGUACAGAAAAAGCAGCCCAUGCAGAGCAGAAAAAUACUGUGCAAAUGGAAAUGCAAGAAAACACAAUUUCUUAUCUGCGAGCUCAGCUAGACUCAGCCCGUCAGGACAAGGCAACUUUAGAAAAUGAAAAGAUAUUGCUACAAGAGGAGCUUUAUAAGACUCUUAAUGAUUUCCUGGAGAAAAAACAAAACCUGGAGGUUCAGUUGACUGAAAACAAGCUGGAACUGGAGUUGCUCCAGAGUUCUCUGUGGGUACAAGAGCAGGAAAAUAAAUGUCUUGUGGAACGCAUGGCAGUGCUAGAGCAAGAACAGCAUGCAAAAAGACAAGUGGAGUUACUGUUGAAUGAACUCACAGAUAGUAAGAACAACCUGGCAUAUGAAAAAGGAAAGCUUCAGAGCACAGUUGAGCAGUUACAAUCUGAUUUGCACGCUUUCGGUGAUGUCCGCUCUGAGAAUUCUAAACUCUGUAAACUUAACACAACCUUACAGGCUAGGUACACACAGGUAAAUUCAGAACUUGACUCAAGCAAAAUCCAACAGCAGAGAUUAGAAGCAAAAUUGCAGCAGACUGAACAUCUAUUACUUUGUAAAGAGGAAGAACUUGCAUCAGCUGUUCAAAGCAGAGACAAAGCCAUCAAAGAAGAGAAAAGGCUCCGGCAGCAGAUAGACACUUUGGAGGAGACAGAAGGACAUACUAAAGUUGUCCUUCAGCAACAACUAUCUCAUGUAUGUGAAGAAAGGACCAGAAUGUCUGAAACAUUAGAAAAUGUCUUGUCCUCUCACGCCAAGCUACAGAAAGACCUAGAAAUAGUACAGACAGAAUUAGGGCGGAAAGAUAAUGACCUGUCAAGUUUACACAAAGAGAGGGCUCGCAGCCAAAAAAAUGUUGAGAAACUAAACGCUGAACUUGCAGAAUGCAAUGCAAGGCUACAUGCUACAGAGAGCCAGCAGCGUGGAAAGAUAGAACCGCUGCAGAAAUUUGCUGCAGUUGCUCAAGAGGAUAACCGAAAGCUUGCACGUGCAUUGGACCAGGCUUUACAGAGAAACUCUACUUUACAGUCUCAUGUCAAUGAACUAGAGAAAGAGCUGCAAAGCAAAGAAUUACAUGAAAAACAAUUGUUUUACAACCAUACAAAAGCUGAGGAAGAUUACAGAAUAAAAGAAAAGUUAUUUCUGGAGCAACUGGUAUUACUAAAGAAACAGCACCAGGGGGAGAGGAAGGAAGCAAAGAAAGCAGCAAGGAAGGAGGUUACAGAGAUGAAGAAAGCAUUAGACUUUGUUACUGCACAAUCAACAGGACUCUCACAAACCGACAGGGAAUUGAGAGAAAGGGAGUCUAUGCUUCAGAAAGAGAUUUUACACCAAAAAGACAUUAUUUGCAGCCUCCAAGCACAGCUUCAGUCAUACAUAGAGAGCAAAGGAAGCAAGAAGCAAAAUGAAAGAAUACAAAAUCUAGAGGCCGAACUGACAUAUAUGAAGAACAUGAAGGAAUCUUAUGAAAAGAACAAUAAUGUACAGUGUAAACGCAUUCAGGAGUUUAUGAAUGAAGUCAGCAGCAUGCGCAAAGAGAUUAGUGCAGCCGCAUCACAGGAUGAAAAAGAAUCUGAUCUAAAGACUCUGUUGGAGGAAGAGGUGGAAUCCAGGCAGAAGCUGGAGCAGAGGUGUAAGGAACUAGAAUGCAGAGUUCUGAAGCUACAAGAGAAGUUGGGCACAGAAAUCAGAGAUGCUAGUGAACAGUCUGAACAAGAUUUUAACAAUUUGAAAAUGUCACCAUACUUUCCAACCUCUACUUUGGAACAUUGGGAAACCAAACAGAAGCUCCAGCUGAUUUCCAGAAAUGUGCUGGCUAAAGAUAAAACCAACUGAAGUUUUGAAGACCUUUUUUUAUAUGAUCAGUGCUGCUAGAAGUUCUCACCAAUUUCACAUUAUAAUGUCUGUACUGUGUAAUAUUUUAUUACUACACAUUUUCAUUAGUUUUUUUUCUUUUGCUCCAUUCUUUGUGUACCAUGCUUUACAAGAAAAGAACCAUCAACUUUGUGUUAGUUGUCACGAAGACAGCUUUCCAGUGUGUAUGGGAAUGUUUAUCAGGCCCAUACAUACAGAGGCUCACCCUAUUACGUUC